AUGCUAGAAAUUGAGAAUGUAUAAUAGAGACCUCCAAUUAAUGAAAACCCAAAAGUUCAACAAUAAACUGUUUAACCUCAAUAAUAACCAAUUCAAAAGAAUUAUUAAGCAGAUCAACAAAAAAAAUAAACUGAAUAAAUUGAAUAAACAUAGAAAUAGUAACAGAUGUAAUAAAUUGAGAAGCAAUUCUCUACUCAAUAAAAUUAGCAAUAGCAGAUCAUUUAGCAAUAAUAGCAAUAAAAGUAAGUUUAUAAUGAACCCUAACCUGUUAAAAAGGAAUCAAAUAUAAAAUAGUUAAAUGCAAGCACAUCAAAAUUUAUAGAAUAGGAAUAAUUAUAUACUAUUGUCCCAAGUUUUAAAUCUUUUAAUUUAAUACAACAGGAGUGUAGUUUUAUUACAAAUACAUGUAUGAAAUAGCCAUCCAUUGAAAGCAAUAGUUAAAGUUUGGCUUUUUAUACAAAUUUAAGAUAGGCUCUCUAAAAAUAAUUACUUUAAUUAAUUGAUUUUGUUGAAUAAGGAAAAUUGAGAGAUGAUAUGUAUGGGAAGUUUAUUGCAGUAACAUUUAAAGACUAAUAUGCUUUACUACAGAAGGCAUAAUCCUAAGGAGAUACAUUAUUUAUUAAAAGAAUUACUAAUAGAAUGAAUAUUUUAAAGGCAGAAUAAACAUUGAUGUAACAAAAUCCUUCAGAAAAUUUUGCUCAAAUAGUUUAAAGAGUAAAGCCAAAUAUUAUGAUACCUCAGUCAUAGAAGUAAACGUUGAAGAAACCUUAGCAGCUUUAGGAUAAUAUAAAAUUAGAUUCAAUCAAAAUCGAUAAAAAUGCCUAAAAACAUUUAGAAGAAAAUCUAGAUUAAUUGCCAAUCCACGUAAAAUACGAAGCCUUACUAAAAAGAUAUAAAGAAUAUUACAAUUACGCUACUUAUUUAUCAAAUCAUGCUAAAGUUAAGAGGAAAGAAGAUAUUGAAUAAGCACUUAAAUUACUUGAAAAAGGAAAGCAAUUAAGAGAACUUUUUACUUAAGGACAGAAUCCCCCAAUAGGAAAUUACUUAUGCAAUGAAAUGUAGGAACUUACUUUAGAAGACUUUCAUAAAAUGAAUUAAUAAUAAUAUAAAUCAUGUAAUAUGUUGAAUUAUGUUAGAAUAAACUUUGCUAUUCAAUUAAUUGAUGGAAGCCAAUAAUAAGGAAAAAGAAUUCUAUAAAAUAUCAUUGCACUCAAAAAGAAUUCAUAUAGGCUAAAAUUAAACCUAUAAUCCUCAUGA